GUCCUUAGACCAACACGGCUACAACCAACGCCCCUGAAACAUGGAAGAUAUUGAAUUUGCCGUCUGAAAUGAAAAUGCCUUAAAAAUCUCCGGGUGUCGACGCAUAGCUUGUUUUUGAAAAUAGGGUUUGGGCUCUUAAAUGCUACUGACAAUUGUAACUUUGCCGACCUGCCUGUCACAAUUACAAGCGAUUCGAAAAGCUUUGCUUUUCAGGUGCCCCACUCGAGACACCUUAAGAAGGCCUGGCUUUUAGAAAGCCGCAGGGCCUCUGCAAAUAAAAAUUAAAAAUAAAAAAAAUCAGACCUCUUCGUGGUACUUCCAACUGGGUACUCAAAGUCACUGGUUCUGUGACCAUAUGGGUUAAAAGGCUUCAGAGCCAAGAACCAACCCCACAUUCCUGAAUCCAUCUCUCCCGCCUUAGCUACAAGCUAAGCUGGAGCUUAAAGCCUGUUGUUUUCAUCACCAUUUAAGGAUGAGGAAGCCGGCGCUUCGCAGCACGUGAGAACCAGCUGCGAGUGAUUUAAUUUCUGUGUGUGUGCAUGCUCUCCACCCAAAUAAGCUCCAAAAAGGAAGGAGGGAGCAGGGUGAAAAGAAAACCCAACAGGUUGAUCUGGAUUACCUCAGUGGUCACACCCACCCCGCUUAAUGAACAUAGGAGAACAGGUGUUUGCAAUGCAUUAGCUCAGGGGAGGCAGGAGUUCAAACGUGCCACUUCUCUUCUUCCCCCCGCAGCAGCAGGCAGCUUGGGGCCCACCGCCGGGAUGGACACCCCUUCCAAGGCAUUCAGCACCAGCUCGCUCUCCUCCGGAGGCGCCUCGGGAAGGAUGAGCAGGGCUAGCUCCAUCUUCGCUGCCGUGGACUGCAAUGGCUGCAGCAGCCCUGGAAGCACAGCCAGCCGAAAUUUCAGCUCCGCCAGCCUCAGCGGAAACAGGCCUUCUGCCUACCCGCCCCUGUCGGUGGACAAGACCCUCUUGACGCCGCUGCACCUGGACAUCGACCCCAGCUUCCAGGCCAUGAAGAACCGGGAGAAGGAGGAAAUCAAGGUCCUCAACAAUCAAUUUGUGGCCUUAAUCAAACAGGUCCAAAGCCUGGAGCUGCAAAACAAGAUGCUGGAGACCAGGUGGGACUUCCUCAAAGAUCAGGACAAUUCCAGCUCUGAGGUGGACAUCAAGUGCAUCUACGAUGAGUACAUGGGCAGAAUGGAACAAGAGAUGAAGUCGAUUGACCAAGAGAAAGAAGAGCUGGAAUCCGAGCUGACAAAGGUGCUGGAUUCAAUGGACGACUUCCGAGCCAAAUACGAAGGUGAAAUGCAAUUGCGCAAUAGCUUGGAGUACACCUUCCUGGAGCUCAAGAAGGAUCUGGAUGCUGGCACCUUGCACAGAACAGAGCUGGAGGUAAAGCUGAAUGGACUUCAAGAGCACAUGGAGUUGAAGAAAUCUGUAUAUGAGCAGGAGCUUCAAGAGCUGCUAGCAGAAGUGAAGGACAUCUCAGUUGUCCUGGGAAUCGAUACCAGAUGCAACCUUGACCUGCACAGCAUUGUGGAGGAAGUGAGGGCUCAGUAUGAAGCCCUGGCUGUUUGGAGCUGGAAGGAGGCAGAAGCACAUAUCUGGAGCAAGCUGAAUGAAGGGGUCCCACGCUCCGCCAUGUAUGGGAACCAUCUCUUCAACAGCCGGCGGGAGAUUGCUGACCUGAACAUACAGAUCCAGAAGCUGAGGUCCUGCAUAGUGUCCCUCAAGAGCCAGUGCCUGAGUUUGGAAGAAAGCAUCAAAGAGGCUGGGGAACAGGGUGAGUUUGCUCUCCAGGAUGCCAGUGCCAAGCUGGCCAGUUUGGAGGAAGCCCUGCAGAAGGGCAAAGAGGAUGUGACUCACCUGGUGAAGGAGCAUCAGCAGCUAAUGAACACCAAGCUGGCCCUGGACGUGGAAAUCCUCACCUACAGGAAGCUGGUGGAAGGGGAGGAGAGCAGCAUAGAGUCUCCAGCGCCCACAGUCAUUACCAGCAUCCACUCCAAACCGAAGUCCGCUGCAACCAGCUUCAGCAGCUCAGCAGCUUCCAAAGCAGAUCCUAGAGGAAGGGGGAAUCCCACAGAGAAGAUGAACCUAAACAGAGGCACGGUGGAGGCCGUCCUCUCCAGAAGCCAGAGCGAUGGCUCAGCCUCCCAGAACACACCAGCCCAACAUGACGGGGCCCGUCCAAAGCCUCGUUCCCUGUCUAACGUAGAAGGCCACCUGGAGAAACCCAACCAAGAAAAAUAAAUCCCAGGCACCCUGGCAGCUGCACCUGAAUGGAGACCACCUGAUGCCCAGUCCUAGCCAGCAUCUUCAGCUGGAACUGGGAUUCAACCUCAAGCCCGCCCCUUCCAACCAACACUUGCCAUACAUCAUCCCAGUUUGCACCUCCAUUACCAGUCGGAAAUGGGAGCCUGUAUUGGACAUGACCCCCGCUUUGAACUUGCCAGACUCUCACAUCCAAGCCCUACCAAAUCCCUCCUGAUUUUAGGCCAUGUACAGCUUAACAUGCUUCAAGAUCGUUAUACGGAAAGCCCUGCAAAAGUGGGAAGCGUCAUCCCGCAAGCUUCAAUGAUGCUGAACCAGAAGCCAUCAGGACAGUCCUUUUUACCAGUAUUACAAAGCUGUUCCUCUCUUUCCUUCUUGCUUUAUUUUGUGUGUAGGGGAUUGAGGUUGUUCCUUUCUUCUGGCUUACACGGGCAGCGCAGGGUGUUUUCAGCAAGUCGAUGUUAGGUCACAUACAAACACUUGAAGCCCAGUGGGUUUGCAAGAUCCAGGCUUGUAUCCCACUUGGUGAUAUUUUCCUGUACAUGCUGGUUACCGCAGGAGAAUUUUUGGCUAAUACCAGAAUCCUUAGUAAGAGGUGGAAGUUUUCCUUGUUGCCAGAAGGCAUUGAAUUUUGCUGAUGUUCGGCAAACCAUCCUGAGAGCCUGAUUCUAAUCUCAGUAACACCAGAAAAACCUCAUUGACUUCCAAGGCAUUUGGUCAAAUUUCUGAUCUUAAUUACAGUGAGGCAAAGCCAAGAUAACUCUUAAUUAUAGGUGUUGCCUCUCAUCAUUCUUACACUCCCAGAAAGCCAGAGUGACUCCAGUUACUUAGCAUUGGUGUUGUAGCAGCCAGGAUGGUCCAGGUAACAUGGCAGAUGAUAGAUCUGCUUAAUGAUCUCUAUUACUGGACCAACAGCAUACUUGGGAGAGAUGUUAGACAAGCUUUCAGGAACCAAAUGCCCAUCCUUCAGGCUCGGAAAGAAACCUAUACAGCCUGAGCUAAACAAAGGUAGAGCAAUGACUUUUGUUUAGCACUAUUUUGUAAAGCAGAAUGGUUACUCAAAAAAAAAAAAGUGGGGGGUGAAGGUGAAGAGAGCAGUGGGGAAGGAUUCAGAAGUGUCUUCAGAUCAAGCAAGCAGAUCUUAAACCCCACCAUAUCUUUCUAAAUGCCCAUUUUUGCAUUACCUGUGCUCUCUCUGAUUUUGUGGGGCAUGCAGAAGACUUUAGAAGAGACGUCUGAAUAUUUACACAAGUGCUUUCGGGCAGCGGUUUCCAAGCUGCAGUCCAUGGGUAUUGUGCCUGGGCACUGCAAGGUGUUUUCAGAUGGAAAAGGCAAGGAUCGUGACAUGUAAAGAUUGGAUGCAGGGACUGUGCAGUGAUCCAUGAGAAAUGGAGAGGGGUGACAGUGGUCUGUUGGCCUAAAGUGCUUGGCUAUCACUGCCCUAAGGAUGUCCCAUUCCUUGAUGGUUAGGAUGGUUUCCAUUGGCUUCCGACCUCUGCAAGCUUAUGGGGAGAAGUCACCCCUGUGCAGAGAGGCAAGAUGCUCAAGAUGCACUUAAGCGAGCAAAAGCAGGACUUCAAGCAAAACCCUGCCGGAGCAAGACAGGGCUUGCAGACAGGGGACAAUAAGAUCUUGCCUCAGAAAAUUCAUCCCACAGCCUGGUGUCUACACCAUUAACAACUGGGUUCAUUGCUGCUUGUUCUGGGAUAUUUAUUGGUCUUCCUUGAAAUGGAAUAAUCCACAUGACAUUAUGUAUGUGUAUAUAUGGGUUUUUUUGUCAUAACUUAUAAUGUGGCUUUGAACUUACAGGGCCAGGCCUCCCAGGUCUUGUCAAUGAAUAUCACUUCAUUGACAUCAGUGGAAUGGCUCAACUGAUAACAGCGGAGAAUCUGCCUUGAAGUAUAUAGAUAGGUCGAUGGAUUCCUUUUUUUGCACAUAGUACUAUACACCCUGCCUUGCAAUAUUUCUCUAUACCAGGGCCAAACUCAGCAUUCAGCUCCAUUCAUGCAGCCCCAUUCAAGUUAACGGGCUCGCACAGAAGUUGAGUUAAUAGAGAGGGCCUCUUUGUGUAGUUCUGUUGAGCAAAACACAGUAUUUCCACAUUUCUGUACAGUAGCUAAUUGCUGUAGCAUCCCUGUAACCAGCAUGUCGGGUCCCCAAUGCUAUGGUUGUUUAAUAAAGUACGGAGUGGGCAUGGAAAGGGAAAAGGCUGGUGGGUGUCAAUGAUUUUCUUACAGCAUCCAGACAGCAAAUGCCUUUGAGAAAUGGGUUGCUCCUUGCUAUGCAAGUAGGGAACCUAGUUUUUGUCACUCACAGAGAGGGGAGGUAUCUAGGGGAAGAUCAGAUGAAUGCCCCAAAGAAGUGAAUGCAACAUGCAUAUGCUAAGGUUUCCCACGUGGAUGCUCACCUUGAAGAAAGAUUAUGUUACAGCUAGUUAAGAGCACUUUGCUCUGGAAUAAGAGUGUCCACACAGAGAUUGAACGCACUUAUAUGACUUACCCUUCCAAGCUCCCAGUCCAAGAUGCAGACCCCUACUCUUGCUGCAUUUGUAUGACCUUUCCUGAGGAUCCCCACAUAGCUCCUUACCCACAGUGCACCUUUACUCCAAUACCCUGCUGGAAGAGUGAAUCAACUGAGCUCCAGGGUGACUCUUGGCCAGCACUGAUCAAACACGU